AUGUUGCUGCUGCUGUCGAUGGUGCUCCACGUUUCGGCACUGUCGAAGCACGCCAGGGAGCGAGGGCGCGCGACCUUUUCAGGCCGGACGGAUCUGUCCAGGGCUCUGGCGGGCGCGCCGCAGCUUGGCGGCGCGGCGAGGCGCGGGCCCUCCGUGCCGCCGCAGCGGAGGUCCUCCUUCGGCCAGCUGGAGCCCGUGCCGACCGGCGGCUCCGUACCCAGCGGCCGGGGCUACCGAUACCAGGGGCCGCCCGGCCCCGGGCCGCCUCACCGUGGCCGCUCCGCGUCCCCAGCACACGCGGCUGGGGGCGGCUCGCAGUUCGUCUGGCCCGGGGCCGCUCCCCCGCCCGCUGGCGGCGGGGACGCCAGACCGGGCAGGUCCCCACACCAUGCGCAGCAGGGCCAACGCCCGCACGUCGGCGGCUCCCGGGCGCAGUCGAGAGGGCCGUCGCGAGGCCAGUCGCCCACACGCGGGGGAGGCGAUUCGCUGACCAUCGGCUGGAACGAGCUCAUCCUUCCCGAGCAGCUCCAGUUCGGCCCCUCGCUUGGAUCGGGCGGCUCCGCGCAAGUGUACCGCGGCUCCUGGCAGGGCCAAGAGGUGGCCAUCAAGAAGAUAAGCGGCGUGGCGCACCUGAGAUGA